AUGGCUGGCCGUUACGAACGAGUCAACAUCCAAGACGAGGAAGACUCCCAUCCGCAGCAACACCUUAGCCUCGGCGAAACGGUCGUCCCCAACUCGCCACCGCCGUCCUUUCGCUCACGGGCGUCAUCCCGCGCGAGGCAGAACCAGGUCGACCCGGAUCUCGCCGACGCAUUCGAUAGCGACAAUGAUAGCGAUGACGAGGCCGACGACAGACGGCGACUAGUCCGCCAGGCAGCGACGCCAGCCACGACGGCGAGCGGGAGCACGUCCCCGAUGCCUGCACCAUCUACAACACUCCCAUCAGCAGGGCCGGCGGUGUCGGCGGCGACCAGGGGACGAGUCGUUGGCGGUGGCGUUGGUACCGACGGCGUGUUUGCCAACAUGUCGGCGCGGCCGGAACGGGAGACUGCCGCCGAAAAAGAAGAGAUGCCACCUACAUAUGAGCAAGCCGCGGCGGACUCCGCGCCCCCGUACUGGGAGACAACGAUCUUGGCACCCGGCCUCGGCGGCCUUGAUGAGGUCUACGUCGACGGCAUGCCCGUCGGCUCCGUCUUCUCCUUCAUCUGGAACGGCAUGAUCUCGACGUCCUUCCAGCUGGUCGGCUUCCUGCUCACCUACCUGCUGCACUCGACGCACGCGGCCAAGAACGGCUCCCGCGCAGGCCUCGGCAUCACCCUCAUCCAGUACGGCUUCUAUAUGCGCGGCACCGUCGAUGGCGAGAUGCCACCGGCGAUGGGCGGCGGGCCCGACGGCUACGCAGAGCCCCAAGACCCCAACGCCCACGACUUCAAGCCCGGCGAUGUCGCUGGAGGCGGUGGCGCGGGGGACUUCUCCGGCGGAGAGUGGAUGUCGUAUGUGUUGAUGAUUGUCGGCUGGUUCAUACUCAUCAAGAGCGUGGCCGACUUCUUGCAGGCCCGUCGCCACGAGCAGCUCGUCAUGCAGAGCCCAGAUCGCGGGCUCGGCGUGGCCGUCAUCGCUGAGGGCGAGUCGGCGGAACGGGUGGUCUAA